UGGGCAUAAUCCCGUGGCAUAAUUUCUAUCUCGGUCACGGGCUCACGGCUUAUGCCUUCUUCCUGCCGACCGCGUCGCCCAGUCGACGGCCGGAGCUCUCGGUCUCGGCUUCUGCCUACCGCACGCGGCCUUCCCAUCGCAACGGAUUCAAGAUGGAGACUUAUAUUGGGAAUUAUUCAGAUGAUGAAUUCUCAGUGGCUGGCGAGAAGCCAGAAGUAGAGUUCAUGGAUUUUCAAAAUGAUGACACUCUUCAGGAUUAUGACCUUGAAGAUGGUCCUGUGGUUGUUACAGUUCCUUUCCCUUUUGUGGACGGCAAACCAAAAUCCGUCCUUGUUGGAGAAACAUCUGCUGACACCAUUAGCAUAGAGAAUACCUCUUCUGAACCUGUAAAUUUGUGGAGUGUAAGAAUAUUCUCUUCAAACCCCGAGGACAGCUAUGUCUUAUCAAUGAUGAAACCACCACUAGAUGAUGCCGAUGUGGAGGCAAAGCAGUCUUUUCUUGGUUUAACUUCUGUGGAAGACCGCACACUUCUGCCUGGACAAACACUGACGAUUUGGCUCUCUUGUAUUCCAAAAGAUAUUGGUUUGCAUACAUCAAUCGUGCAUGUUGAUAUCGGAGAUGAGAAGAUUGAGCGUGUGGCUUUUCUAUUGGCAGAUGAUAAUGUUUCCAAGGCCUUAUUUUCUGAUAAACCUUAUUCCAGGAGACGCACUCAAAAUAAGAAAUUUGAGUAUGCUCCAAUUGUGCCAGGUUGCCGUCCAACUCGGCAGCACACUCAAGGAUUCAAAUAUAAGCUCCCUCAGUUUGCAAUACCUGCAGACAUCCGCGAGCUCAUCGAAAGUAAACAGAGACCUGAUGUCUUAUCUGAAGAGUUGAGCAUUAUAAACUAUGCACAAAUUUUCAGCACUCUUUUAGUCAUGGAAGAACUCAAUUUGGAGGAGGAGAUGAGAUCAUAUGACAUGGAAGGUGUCUCAAUGAGGAGGAGGGGUAUUACCUUUUUGUCUCUCGAGGUCCCUGGUUUGGCAGAAAGAAGACCUUCACUAGUCCAAGGAGACUAUAUACUUGCCAGACAUGCUGGGAGUGAUGCUCGGCCUUACCAAGGCUUCAUUCACAAGGUAGAAGCUGAUGAGAUAUUUCUAAAAUUUGAUAACCAGUUCCACCUCAAUCACCGUGACAGGAACCGGUACCAUGUUAGCUUCACAUAUAAUAGACUGAACAUGAGAAGGCUCUACAAGUCGAUUCACGAAGCAGAACUUAUGGGAACUGACAUUCUAUUUCCCUACCAAUCACCUUGUAGAACUGUGAAAAGGUGGUCAUUUAAGCCACUGAAUCCACAUAUAAACACCGAGCAAGCUGAUGCUGUUGCAAUGAUACUUGGCUGCCGAGGGGUUCCACCAUAUGUGAUAUAUGGACCUCCAGGAACCGGCAAGACCAUGACCAUUGUGGAGGCCAUUUUGCAGCUUUAUACAGCCAAGAGGAGGGCAAAUAUUCUCAUAUGUGCUGCUUCCAAUACUGCAGCUGACCAUGUGUUGGAAAAGCUCCUUCACGCUAGCUAUCUGAUCCGCCCAAGUGAUAUUUUUAGGCUAAAUGCUCCAAGCCGUCAAUAUGAUGAUGUCAAUGCUGAUUUUAUCCGGUUUUGCUUCUUUGAAGAUAGGGUAUUCAAGUGCCCUCCGCUGCAGGCAUUAAUGCAGUACAAGAUAGUUAUAUCAACCUACAUGAGUUCAUCUCGGCUGCAGGCUGAGGGCAUUCGCCGAGGGCAUUUCACACACAUUUUCUUGGAUGAGGCUGGUCAAGCCUCUGAACCAGAGGCGAUGAUCCCUUUGUCAGGGUUGUGUGGAAGAGACACUGUGGUUGUGUUAGCAGGAGAUCCUAUGCAAUUAGGGCCGGUGGUUUAUUGUAAACAAGCAGAGAAGUGUGGUUUGGGGAUGUCAUAUCUGCAAAGGCUGCUCUUUGACUUCGAGCAGUACGAAACAGGGAAUCCUAACUACGUGACGAAGCUCGUGAGGAAUUAUCGGUGCCAUCCAGCAAUCCUAGAGCUACCAUCAGAGCUUUUUUAUCGGGGUGAACUGAUCGCCUGUAAAGGAGAUGAAGUAUCAUCUGUUUAUGAUUGCAUUGGACUUCCUAACAGGUCCUUUCCUGUUCUUUUUGUUGGAAUUCAAGGAUGCGAUGAGAGGGAAGACAACAAUCCAUCAUGGUUUAAUAGGAUUGAAGUUAGUAAAGUAGUAAGUAUCAUCAGGAACCUGACAAGGGGUGGUGAUGUUCGUGAAGCUGAUAUAGGAGUCAUUACUCCAUACCGUCAGCAAGUUGCCAAGGUAAAGAAAGCCCUGGAGGCAUUUGAAAUGCCUGACUUGAAAGUCGGAAGUGUCGAACAAUUCCAGGGUCAAGAGAGGGAAGUAAUAAUCAUCUCUACAGUGAGGUCAACUGUAAAGCAUAACGAGUUUGACAAAUUCUUCAACCUGGGAUUCUUGAGCAAUCAUAAAAGGUUCAAUGUUGCAAUCACUCGUGCAAAAUCAUUGCUCAUCAUCGUUGGAAACCCUCACAUUAUCACUAAAGAUCGGCACUGGGAUAGGCUACUGAGGUACUGCACUGACAAUGGUUCCUAUCAAGGAUGCCCACCUCCACCACCAGAGUCUUAUUCUUAUUCAGAAGAAACCAGAUCCUCCGGAUACGGUGAAAAGCAAGGCGAGCCUGCUGGGUGGGAUUACAACCAAGAAGCUGACAACUAUAACGACAAUCAAGAACCAUCUGAGUUUGGUUCCGCACAUGACAGUGGUGCUCCAUCUGCUACCAAGAACGGAGUGAAAUGCACCGAUGAGAUGCCAGAUGAGGAGUACCAGCCAUUCAGCAACGCCCAAGCAGACCCUGGCGAGAUGCCGAAGCAGCACGUCGAGGAUAAGGCCGAGCAGGAAGAUGCACAUCCUGACCAGUACUCGAACAACGAUGAUCUGCUCCGGGAUGCGUAUGCGUCGAAGUACAGCUUCCCUCCUGGCUGGGGUGAUGUUUCGACUAUCCCUGCUACAGGCUGGGACGAUUAGCCAGCUCUGCAAUUGCCUCAUGUCGACUGCUGCGUACCCUCUUAGGUGCCAUUGGCAGAAUAAUCGAUGCUGAUGACCUUGUGAAGCUAGCUUCCAGGGUAUCCCUUGCCUGAAGCCUUCAACUCACCGUUGGACAAUUGUUGUAAUGACUUCGCUGCAUCUAUGUAUCGAGGCUGUCGUCUACCUGAUGCUGACAGAGUUGGGAGGACCUGAUGUCCUGUUGUGAAAUCUGAAACCACUUGUCUAAAUGUGCGCGAUAUGCGUCGUCAAUUUGCUUC